CUCCUCCCUCCCUCCACUCUUCUGCGGUUGCGCGUCAGUGCUCAUUGGCUGUGGGUGAUAAUCGGUCAACACAGGAGCGGAGGGAGGGAGGCAGGCAGGACAACAGCAUGUUUACAGCUGCUCGCGGGCUCCUAACGUGACGUUGAACGAGCCGCUCGCUCUGUGCGACUGUAUUAAAAAAACGCGACGAAUCCUCCGGCGGGACGUGGACGACGAUGUUUCGGUGGCGCGCGGGGGGCAGGCUGUGUGCAGCGGCCGCGGAUCAGGCGCUCCGGUCCCGGGGCUGCUGUUUGGUGCGACUCCAAGCGAACAGACCGUGGCACGUCACCGGGACGUUACGCAAAGGUCACCCGGUGCAGCGCAGGUCCGUCUGUGGAUCCGCGGGCUCCACAGCACAUGCGCACCUGGGCACGCAGCAACCGGAGCCGCGUCCGCUGCUGAACUGGGAGCGUGGGGUCGCGGACUCGGACCCGAGACACUGGGAGCGAGUGGCCGAGGGUCUCUUCAGGAGCGUGCGAAGCGAGGGCGGGAGUUUAGAUCUGAUCAAGCCGCCGCCUGUGCACGCGAGGAGCCGCCACGGCAGCGGAGAGCCGCCGCUGGGCCAUGUGUUGUUUACAGGCACCUGGAGACUCUCCAGCAGGACCAUGCACACCGGGGCUUCAUCCACCGCUGCGGCCGCCAAGAGGAGCGACCCCGGGGAGGAGACGGGCGCCGACAAACGGGACGAGCAGAAUUUAAAGGAGGCCUCUUCUACGUCCUCGUCUUCUGAAAAGGUCCCGGAGGAGCCGGAGCCAGAAGGAGGGAAACCGACCAAGACCCAGCAGCUCAAGAAAGUCUUCAAGGAGUACGGAGCAGUGGGAGUCUGCUUUCACAUCGGGAUCUCCCUCAUGUCUCUGGGAAUGUUCUACCUCCUGGUAUCCAGUGGGAUCGAUAUGGCGGCUGUGCUGUGCAAAGUGGGAUUCAGCGAGGCCGUGGUUCGCUCUAAGAUGGCGGCAGGAACCAGCACGUUCGUCCUGGCCUACGCCAUCCACAAGCUCUUCGCUCCGGUCCGCAUCAGCAUCACGCUGGUGUCCGUCCCUCUCAUUGUGCGCUACUUCAGAAAGACUGGUCUCUUUAAACCCCCCACACCGGCCCCCUGAUGUCCCCUGAUGGACAUAGCUCAAACAACUGUAUAUUUUGUUACUCAUUUGCUAUUGGCUACAAAUGCCUCAUCUCAUCUCUCAUUGCAUUUUUUGAAUUCAGGUUAAAUAUUUCUCUCGUAAGAUCUCGUUGUAGCAGAAUCUUGUUUCUGUGUGAUUAAAAAGACAUAAGUGUGACAGUUCUCAUUUCAGACACCAGAGAGAAAAGUGCACAAGAGCUCAAAUAUUUAUAAACAAUCAGAUGUGAGAUCAGGGAUUUUGAGUUUUACUGCUAAGAUCUGAGUGGGCAGAGUUUUGUAUUGAUACUGUGAAGGUUGCCACCAGGGACACCAGGAAGGAAAAAGCUGAUUUCUCCUCCACUGUUCCCUGAGAGCUGACUAGGCCAUGUCCUGGUGUUAUGUGAGUCAGCAGAAUAAUUCAGGUUGUGUCCGUCUCCUACCUCUCUCCUCUCUCCUCCCUCCUCCCCUUUCUCUCGCCUUUGCUUCUCUCAGACUCUUUCUCUCCUCUCACCUAUCCUCCUAUUUUCUGCUCUUGUUGUUUUGCCUCCCUUCUAUUUUUUUCUCAACAUCUCUCCAGGCUUCCACUUCCUUCUUUCCUCUCGUCCAUUUUCCUCUUCAUUUCUCCCUGUUGUUCUCUAGCUUUGCUGAUACCACUGCCCAAACAGUUUGCAAACACACUAAUCUCUGAGUGAGGCUGAUUAUUGUUCAUUGCAGGCUUUGAAUGAAGAAUGUUGGAUGGUGAACUAUUAAACAUGAAGUUGUCUUUUA